CACGUGUGGCGGCCUAUUAAACCUGUCAUCUUUCCCCCACCACAUUCCAAAUUACUUCAAAUGGAUAGAUUGGAUGUUACCCAGCCCCUCUUUCCGAUGUCUAUUCUAAACCACCAGUUUUCGGGUUUUCAUUUCGUCUUUUACUUCUAUUUUUCAUACCCAAUCCAACGUCACCUGAACCAUUUUUAUAUGCGGAACAUGGGCAUUUUGGAAGGCAGAUUUUGGAAUUAGGAGCUUCGUGUUCUAAUAAGAAUGAGUUACAGAUUGUGACAGAUGGAUUUGUGAUUCUCUUCCUUUAUUAUCUCGGAAUCUUCUUUUUCGUCUGUGUAAUCCUUUUACCUUUUUCUUGGUCCACACCAUCGUUAUAAAGUUCCAGUAUUUCUCCCUUUUUUUAUCUUUUCAGUAAGAAACUGUACUGUUUUUGCUGAAGUUAAUCCCGGUUUAUUCUAAUGAAGAAGCCAAGUGAAAUGAAGAAGAAACUCAAUCAUUUACAACAAGAGUGCUGAUUCUAUACCAUCUGCCAACCUUUUGCAUUGAACCCAGUUCAAUUUUUUCAAGAAACAGAAAGAAAGCUUCCAUAGAAGUGCUCAAAAAUGGAGUUAGGGAUUAGAGGAGUAAAGCCAGACGAGCCAACCAUUAACAACCAUAACACCACUGCGGCACCUUCAUCAUCAUCAGGUGGAAGCAACAUGAAUCCUACGAAUAACAACCACACCUUGGCUCAGUAUGGUGUUGAUGCGAGGUUAUUAUCAGAGUUUGAGCGUUCUGUCGGAUCUGGUAAGUCUUUUAACUACUCGGAUAUGCUCACAAAUGCACCAAAUGAUGUGGAGGAAAAAGAAAUGACUGCUUAUUUAGAAGCAAUUCAAAGGGGUGGCUUCGUUCAACCUUUUGGUUGUAUGGUCGCAAUCGAAGAACCCACUUUUAGAAUUAUAAGUUUUAGUGAAAACUGCUUCAGUGUGUUGAAUUUGAAUCCGGAUGAGCCCAAAAGUCUGCUCGGAAUCGAUGCUAGAACCCUUUUCACCUCAAGUUCUUCGAUUUCGUUACAAAGAGCAGUGGCUUCUAGAGAAAUCACUUUGUUAAACCCGAUUUGGGUUCAUUCUAAAAAGACCCGUAAACCAUUUUAUGCUAUUCUCCAUAGGAUUGAUGUGGGUGUUGUGAUUGAUUUAGAGCCGGCUAACUCUAGUGAUCCCACCUUAUUACUUGCUGGUGCAGUUCAAUCACAAAAACUUGUUGUUAGAGCAAGUUCUAGAAUGCAAUCUCUCCCUGGAGGAGAUAUCGGGGCUCUAUGUGAUACUGUUGUAGAAGAAGUUCAAAAGCUUACAGGUUAUGAUAGGGUAAUGAUUUACAAGUUCCAUGACGAUGAACAUGGUGAAGUUGUUUCAGAAAUUAGAAGAUCCGAUUUAGAACCGUAUUUGGGAAUUCACUAUCCAGCUACAGACAUCCCACAAGCAGCUCGAUUCUUGUUCAAACAGAAUCGUGUAAGGAUAAUAGUUGAUUGUUGUGCGGAAUCUGUUCGAGUGAUUCAAAGUGACAAAUUAAAGCAACCUUUAUGUUUGGUUAAUUCUACCCUUCGAGCCCCGCAUGGGUGCCAUGCGGUUUACAUGGCUAACAUGGGUUCCAUCGGGUCUUUGGUGAUGGCAAUUCUUGUAAAUAACAAUGAAUCCAUGAAGCUAUGGGGGUUGGUGGCAUGCCACCACUCUUCUCCCCGUUAUGUCCCGUUCCCACUUCGAUAUGCGUGUGAGUUUCUAAUGCAAUCGGUUGGUUUACAGCUUUAUAUGGAACUUCAAUUAGCCGAACAGAAAGCCGAAAAAAGGGUUCUCAGUAUGCAAACGACUUUAUGUGACAUGGUACUAAGAGAUUCCCCUUUUUCGAUUAUAACUCAGUCUCCUAGCAUAAUGGAUUUAGUGAAAUGUGAUGGGGCGGGUUUGUAUUAUAAUGGGAAAGUUUGGUUACUUGGUGUAACUCCAAAUGAAUCACAAGUUAUGGAUAUAGCUAAUUGGUUGUAUAGUGAACAUAAGGACUCAACGGGAUUCAGUACCGAGAGUUUGUUAAAUGCUGGUUAUCCUAGUGCGGUUUUGCUUGGUGAUGCGGUUUGUGGUAUGGCUGCCGCACGAAUCACUUCUAAAGAUUUUGUGUUUUGGUUUAGAUCACAUAAAGAAAAAGAAACGACUUGGGGAGGGGCAAAGCAUCAUCCCGAGGAAAAAGAUGAUGGUAAUAGAAUGGAUCCAAGAUCUUCUUUUAAGGCGUUUCUUGAAGUGGCAAAGAGUCGAAGUUUGCCAUGGGAAGUUUCCGAGAUAAAUGUGAUUCAUUCUUUGCAGUUGAUAAUGAGAGCAUCGGUUCAAGAUAAUGCCAAUAAUGGUGGUGAUGGUCGUAAGGUGGUGAAAUAUGGUCAAGAAAGUGAGAGUAUAGGUCAAGGGAUGGAUGAAAUCAGUGCUGUUGCAUGUGAAAUGGUGAGAUUGAUUGAAACGGCGUCUGUCCCGAUCUUUGGGGUUGAUGGAUCUGGUUUGAUCAAUGGAUGGAAUGCAAAAAUUGCAGAGUUGACCGGUGUGGUGGCUAGUGAAGCUAUGGGGAAGUCUUUGAUUGAUGAAUUUAUUCUUGAAACGUCACAUGGAGUCGUUGAAGAUCUUCUCCGUAGAGCGUUGAAAGGUGAGGAAGAGAAAAAUGUUGAACUGGAACUACGGAAGGCUGGUACAGAUCAGCAAAACAACACCACUAUAUACAUCGUGGCUAAUACAUGCACAAGCCGGGACUACAUGAACAAUGUAAUAGGCGUCUGCUUCGUGGGCCAAGAUGUAACAACCGAGAAAAUUGUCAUGGAUAAAUUCGUACGCAUGGAAGGAGAUUAUAAGGCGAUUAUACAAACUCUAAAUCCAUUUAUUCCUCCUUUAUUUGCUUCCAAUGAGAAGGCCUGUUGUUCUGAAUGGAACGCCGCCAUGGAAGAGCUUUCCGGUCGCCGGAGACAUGAAGUUAUCGGAAAAGUGCUUCCUGGGGAGGUUUUUGGGGGUUUAUGUCGCCUCAAAGAUGAAGACACGUUGAUGAAAUUUACGAUUUUGUUGUAUAGAACAAUCAAUGGUCAUGAUACCUCCGAUAUGCCAUUUGCGUUUUUUGGGAGAGAUGGGAAUCUUGUGGAGGUUUAUCUGACAGCAAAUAAAAAAGUUGGUGAAGGAGGAAAAGUGGUUGGGUGUUUUUUCUUCUUGCAGACUAGUCCGCAAGUGUCUUUUGGUGAAGAUGAAGGAGAAUUUGUAUUGAAACGUGAUAAUUUGGCGUACAUUAAGCAAGAAAUCAAGAACCCUUUAAAUGGGCUGCAGUUCACUCAUAAACUUCUUGAAAACUCGGGUGUUUCCAAUUAUCAGAAGCAGUAUCUAGAGACGAGUGUUGCUUGUGAAAGACAAAUUGCAUCCAUCAUUGACGACAUGGAUAUAAGAAGUAUUGAAGAGGGGUAA